AUGGACCCCACGCUGCAGGGUCCCACAGAGGCAGGAGGGAGGCCUGCAGAAAGGCUCAGCUCAGGUGCGGGGGUUCGCGAAGGAGGGGCGACCCCCAGCGCGCGCACACCUUCCCCUCUCCCCCACCUCAGCGGGGGCGGGCUGUUUGGCGCGCGCGCGUCGGCCCUUCUCUCGGACUCCGCCCCCCGCCCCGCCGCGCGCUCCCGCCCCCGGGCUGAGGCGACUCAGAGUCGGAGCCCGACACAAAGGCGGUGGCGGCGGCAGCAGCGGAGGGGCCCUAGAGGCCGCUCCGCCUGCGCUCUCCGGGCCCACCUCCUUCACCCGGGCCACCGGCCCCGCCGCCCACCCGAAGGCCUAAGAUGGCGGCAGCGACAGAAACGAAGCAAGCGGUGGCCCCGAGUGGAAAGCAUCGGAGAGGCCACGGCCACGCAGCUUCGGACUCCCGGAUCCUGGCAGGGCUCGCGGCGGGACCAUGGCUUCCUGGGGCUCUUACCUGCCCGAAGCGGACUCGAGGGGGUGCGGCUACACGUUCUGCUCGGCUGCCCGUUUUGCCGCCUCCGCCUCGCCCUCCCCAGCGCCGCUCCCGCCAUCUUGUGUCCCGGGCCGGGACUCCGCACUACGCAUGCGCCGGUGGUCGCUCGCAGUCUUGGGACUCUGUCCAGAAUUUUUAGUGCCAUUUCCUGUAUCCGGGCAGCAUGCAAAUCCAGCCUUUUCCCAUAAUGAGGAUGCACGGUUAUGAGUGUUCUUGAGUAGAAGAAAGAACAGCUGUGGAGACCUAAUAAAGAUGACUUUGCGUGCUGA